AUGUCCGAUGAUGAAGCCGACCCUGAACUCCUAGCACUGCUCCGCCAGUCCCUGGGUCUGGGACCAGGAACGUCCACCGCUCCUCCCACUACCGGGGUCCUCAAGUCAGCAGAAUAUGUCUACGACAAUGCCAUUGACGUGGCGAUAUCGUCCGACGGCACCAGAGCUGCCGCUGAGACGAUAUGGACACUCAUGCAAGCGAAGCAAUACUCGACCGAGACGUGGUCGUCGCAUGAACUCCACCCAAAGACAAAGGACGAGGCUACUGUCAACUUCAUCUUCACCAUGACACUGCUCAACUUCUCCUUCUGGUCCGAGUCGUCGCCGGACGAGCGCUUUGCCAUUGAAUACCGAGGUCAGCGAUGGACAGGGUAUUGGUCGCUAGUGGCGGCUCUCCAGCGAGCACUCGACGAAGGCUACCCCAUCACCACCCCGACGUUCUGGACGGACCUCGACGCCUGCCCGGACAGUCUGCUCGAACACGUCUUCCGCUCCGCGACAUCCGAGCCCAUCCCGCUGCUAUCCCAGCGCAUCGCGAUCCUUCGCGAAGCCGGGACCGUCCUGGAAACCGAUUUCUCCUCGUCCCCUCUGACCAUCAUCGCGCGCGCGGAAAACUCGGCCUCGCGGCUCGUCAACCUCCUGGCCGAGCACUUCCCCAACUUCCGCGACACCACGACUCUGGCCGGGCGCGAAGUGCGACUGUACAAGCGCGCUCAAAUCUUCGUUGCCGACCUGUGGGCAUGCUUCAACGGCACAUCGUACGGCUCGUUCACCGACAUCGACAGCCUGACCAUGUUCGCCGACUACCGCAUCCCUCAGAUGCUCCAGGCGCUGCAUUGCCUCUGGUACUCGCCACGGCUGGAGUCGCGGAUAGCCCGGCUCGACAAACUCGAGCCCGGCGAGACCAUGGAGGUCGAGAUCCGCGGCUGCAGCAUAUGGUGCGUCGAGCUGCUGAGGCGGCAGAUUGAGCGCCAGCAUCCCGAGGCCAAGGGCAGGCUCAACGCCGUCUUGAUCGAUUUCUUCCUAUACGAUACCUGUAAGGAAAUGGAGAAGAGAGGACAGUGUGACGACAUGCUGCCUCAUCAUCGGACAAGGUCAAUUUACUAUUGA